AUGGAUUCUGUAAGCAAUUGUGAAAAAUGCGAAGAAGCAUUCAACUGCGACAAUAAUGAGCACUUGUACAUGACUGCAAAACGUCUUGCUGGAGCAAUCCGGUCAUUGAAACAACAAAUUGUUAAUGAAAUGAAUAUGUGGCAUGAAGUUAACGCUGCUAAUCAUGAACUUGAAGUUAAUAUACAUUACUUUCAGAAAAAAAUUGAAGCGCUAAACGUUUUAUGCACUAAUAAUGAGGCUUAUAACGCUGAAAUUGAAUUCCGUAAAAAGCGUUAUUGUGAACAGUUGAAAAAAAUCUCCAAACUUGUUUCCGAACAGAAUUUUGAUGCUGCCAAUUGGGCAAUAAUUUUGGAUGAAAUGAUUUUUGUAAAUCGAGAAUCGUUUGAAAUUCUGAAGUCGACUGCUGUUGCUGAACGACGAGCACUACAAGUGAUAAGUUCAGAAGAAGAAAAUCAUCGAGAAAUAAUGCAAAAACUUUUGACUAAACGAAUUGAUUUACGAAAGCAGCUUUAUUCUGAAAUGGAUACAUAUGAAUCAUUACGAGCACAAAUUAAACAAACUGAAGCCAACUUAAUACAACUUCAGAAAUCUAUAGAUGUUUAUGAUGCAGAAUAUUGGCAACUUGUUGAUGCAAAACAUAAUUUACAAUCGCAAAUUUUCCAACUGCAAGAGCUUUCUCGUCAUUCGCAGCGACGCCGAGAUUUUUAUAUAACUUUAGCACAAUCUGAUGACGGCAGUAAUGAUGAUGAUAAUAAUAAAAUCAGAAGAGAUGAUAAUGAAGAUGAGAAAAGUGCUGAAAAAAUAAAACAAAGCGAUUUUACACGUAGAAAAAGUGAAUACCAAAUGACACCGAAAAACUCUGCUGAAGGCAAAAAAUCUUUAGUAACACCACACAUCUUGCGUAUCAAUACAAAAGACACAGAAGAUAAAGUUCCGAUGCCUGAACGUGAUAAUAAAGUAGCUAAAUCAACCUCACCAUCAGAUUCGUUUUCGUCAAAUAAAUCUUAUUUCCUCACUGAUUAUCAACGGUCAAUUCAUUCCAAGUCACCGACUUCGACGAAAUUAAACGAAAAAUCGAAUGUAAUUACUGGUGAAGAUCAUGCAAAAUGUACAAAAGAUUCGAGUUCAUCCACAUCUGUAGAUUCAUUUCAGUCUUUUCCGUCACAGUCACCACUAGUCAAACCAAAAUCAAUGUCUCCAGUUGAUGAAUCAAAAUUAAAGGCGGUCAAGUUUCAAUCAAAAUCUGCUGAAAGCCAUAAUUUAUCCGAAAGUGUGGAUGUCACUAUGAGCAAUAGCGACAUCAGUAUUCAAAGUUCAGAAGAAGUUAUUGACAUACCAAAAAGCAAAAAACAGCAAAAACCACAAAAUUCUGACAGUACAGCAUCAAUUAACGCUGAAUCAGAUAUAAACGUGAAACAAACAGAAAAAGACGUUGAAGUAACAAAACAAAAUGAAGCAGAAAAUAAUGGCAAAGAAAAAGAUCAAGAAACUGAUUUACAUACUAGUGAAAUAGAUAUCUUAAGUAAUCAGAAAAGCAUGAAAUUAAGAUCACUCGCAGAAGACGACGAUAUGACGGAUUUACGCUCGCAAAGCACGUAUUCAGACACAUCGCUACAAGAAAGUUCAUCAGCAUCCAGUAAAUCAGACUUACCUCUGGAACAGAAGGACAGUGCCAAGAUUAAGCAGGACAAACAGAGUAAACUUUUUGAGGAAGAGGUUAAAAAACAAUUCGAUAAUAAUUCCACAAAAAAUGAAUCUUUAUCCAGGUCAUUUAAAAAACCAUCGCAGAGCUCUGAGGACAACUUGUAUUUUUUGGAGCCAUAUAACUUGCCAGAAACUAAAAAAUUCGAAUUGUAUAAAAAAAACUUCAACUUACCCGAAGCACGAAUAAUCAGAAAAUCAACACAAACCUUGAAAAAGAAACCAAAUUUGCCAUCGUCAUUUAGCAAAGUAUCUCCAGCCAUCACAAGUAGUUCUUCUGAUCAACAGUCUCAAAAUCAACAAUCGCUUCAUGCAUCAGGAACACAUAGUGAAUCUAAACCGGGUGAAAAAGUUCUUAAUGCAGAUCCGAUGGUCAAAAGUCAAGCCAAGUCAAAGCAGCAGCAAGAGCUAUCAAAACGCCAACAAAAAGGUGAUUAUUCUCAUGCUAAGCAAGAUUCAACGCGAAAAAAAGAUGGAGACGAGAGUACCUCACUUAAUACAAGUAGCAGUAGCUGUACUGCUACUGAUGACAGCAGUAAAACAAAUCUUACUUCGAGUGACAGUGACACUUCUGAAGAACUGCGUAAACCUGUCAAGAAGCAUCACUCUGACAAUUCUUCAGUUCCUGGAAAAACAAAUGUUGAAUUAUGGGAAGAAAUCUCUGAAAAUACAUUCCGACGACAUAUUAAUCAACAAUCACGAAAAUAA